AUGUCUAAGAACGGAAGCUGUGACUUUAACAGGCCCACAUCACCUGUCCAUAUUAUUGCGUCGGGAAACCAGAAUGCAACUCCCAAGAAGAAACGUAAACGUGAUUCCCCGAGAUCUGAUCUCUCACCUAAAGAUGUAAGCACACAUGAUAAGUCCUUACCUUUGGAAUAUACUCAUCCAACGCAUUUCACACCUGAAGCAGUUAAAGAGGUUAUUAUUGGAAACACGGACAGUGAACCAACAGUUAACGCCAAAUACUAUACAGAAAAAAAGGAAUCAAACAACAACCAUAUAUACGAUAAUAUUCUGAAUAUCAGAAGAAAAGGAAAAAACUUAAUCAGUAUCAAUUUUAGGUCUCUGGAGGAAGCCAAUAAAUUUUUGGAUACGGAGGAUCUCCUCCCUAAUGAUUGGGUAGCCUAUAUACCGAGCUUUAAAGUGCUGCGUACAGGAGUGAUUAGAGAUAUUUCUCCGGAUAUUUCAAAAGAAGAAUUCUUGGAGGGCUUGGAGUGGCCGGACAUCUAUCAGUAUAAACUAAAUAUAAUUAAAGUAGAGCGUCUGAAAUUUCUUGAUCGGAAAAAUAACAACUUAUUAAAACCAUCAUCAUCCAUGAAAAUUACGUUCGAAUCUAAUCUACUUCCGGAAUAUAUAUACUUAUAUAAAGUUAAACAUAGGAUACUACCUUUUAUUAACAAGGUAAGGAAAUGUACCAUUUGCUGUAGAUGGGGACACUCAAACAAACUAUGUAGGGGCACGCCCAGAUGUGAAAAGUGCGGUAGAGACCACGAAUUACGUGACUGCAACAUAGAUUUACUGAGAUGCUCCAAUUGUGGGGGCGACCAUGGUGCCUUGGACACGAUUUGUCCAUCCUUCCUCCACUUUAAACUAAUCAACUAUGUCAUGGCUUAUACAAAUUGUUCUCAAUUUUCAGCGAGACGUCUAAUAAAAAGCAAGGAAAUUACCUCUACCUCUCAAGUAGCACAAAUUUUUAAGUCUUCAGUCUACAUGGAUUGGUUUAUAUAAAAUAACCGUAAUGAGAACAAUCAAAUUAUUCUAAUAGUCUGGUUAAUUUGAACAAAACGUUUUCUACAAAACCUAAAAGGGAUAAAAGACCGUUUCCGAACCAAAAGACCAUGAGCGGAGACGAAAACGUAUCAUAUCCACCUACAACAAUAAGGAAUUGCUCGACUCAACAAAACCAAGAUAACCUCAACCCUUUCUUGGUAGAACAAGCGACUACAAGUGUAAGGCCAGCUUCAUUAAUUGAACUUGAAUAUAAUAGUCACCGCAGGGGAUCUCAAAACUCCCGAACAUUCUCGAUACGUUCCAGGGAACGUGGUUCACGAAGACAAUCACGGGAUUCGUGUAUGAUUCCAAGCCUUAGUAGUAUCUACCGCAAUGAAAAGAAUUUGAAUACGGGUGCUAUUUUGAAUGAUAUUACUAAACUUCUAGUUUCAGAAAAACCUCUGGAAAACAAAUGGAGGGAAUUUGUUUUUGUUGCCGCUUCAAUUUUUGGAAAUGAGGAUCCCCAAUAAUAUUAAAUCUUGUGGUAUAUCAAUGGGCAGAGUUUUCACAUUUUGUCUGUUAGAAAUGGAUCUAAAAGUUCUUCAGUGGAAUUCUAGAGGCAUUAUCGACAAAAAGCAUAAACUAUCUAACCUGAACAUGGAUUAUGAUUUAAUAUGCCUACAGGAAACUUGGCUUUCUCCGAGGAAUAAAAUAUCUUUCAAUAACAACAUAUAAUAUCUUUAGGACGGAUAAAAAUGCCAACGUGAUUGGCGGUGGUACGGCUACCCUGGUUAAGAGCAAUUUGGACGCCAAAUCUCUCAACAUUGGUUUACCCCUUAAUACGGGAAUCGAAUACACAGCAGUAUCUAUUAUGGACAAGAAAAAA